AUGCCUAAGCUAGCAGGCUACAAGCGCAUAAUUCUUUGCGCCGACGGAACAUGGCUGGCAUCUGAUGAGGGAGACAAGUCUGUGCCAUCAAACGUUGCGAAGAUCGCCCGAGCAAUUGCGACCAGUGGCCCCGAUGCCGAUGGCAAUAUUGUGAAGCAGAUCGUGUCGUACCAUUCCGGCCUAGGAUCCGGAGACCUUCCGUUCCAAAAGGCCAUAUAUGGCGGCAUCGGCUGGGGAUUAGACGUCGACGUGUGCCAGAUCUAUGAUUUCAUCUCUAAUAACUACGAUCCUGGCGACGAGUUGUUCUUUUUCGGCUUCUCGCGCGGAGCCUUCACAGUGCGUUCAGUCGCUGGCCUGAUAAGUGACAUCGGUGUCCUCUCUGCAGUGCACAUGUCGCAUUUUGCAGAAAUGUGGAAGGCCUACCGUGAGAAUACGGACGGAGAGCCUUUCGAGAAAACGCCGUGGUAUCAGCAGAAUAAGGACAAGCUGCGCUUGAUAGAUGAUCUUAGGAUUAAAGUUGUUGGGGUUUGGGACACUGUUGGUGCUCUGGGAAUCCCUGAAUGGCCGCUUGUCAGAUUGGCCACAAAAGCUGGCAUCGCAAUCAACAAACAGUACGCAUUUCACAACACGAACUUAUCAAAAAAUUUAGACUAUGCCUUCCAAGCCCUUGCCAUUGACGAGGAACGACAAACCUUUCUUCCUACCCUCUGGCAUAAGACUAUUGACGCCCCGGCUAAGGAUCUACAACAAUGUUGGUUUCCCGGCGUUCACGGCAACAUCGGUGGGCAAGCAGAAGAUCCACGUACCGCUGGUGACCAUGAAGAGAUCGGCGAUAUCACAUUUGCAUGGAUGGUGGACAAUCUCUCCGACAUGCUGACCUUUGAAGAGGUCGCGAUCAAAGUACUCAUCCAGCAGCACCAGUACGCGCUGGCCGAGAACAACACCAAAAAUAAAGUUACAGACGGCUGGGGCUGCGGGCCCAUCGUUUCUAAUUUCUCUGGCCUGCAAGGCACCUUCUUCCGUAUUCUUGGCAAGCAAGACCGCACGCCGGGUAACUACCCGCGGGGCCCAGGUGACGGAAGUGGUGGCGCCACAAACGAGUAUUUCCAUCCGAUUGCCCGGAUACGGAAGAGUAAACUCUCUAAUUACAGUCCAAUGUCGCUUUACGGGUAUUCCCUCGAGGAGCCUGAUGGUGAUGCCGGCUGGAGGUGGGACAAAAAGGGCGGACAGGCAAUACCCGAGUAUGUGAUGCGCCCAGAGAAGAAAAUGAGUGUGGUGCACCAGGGGGACUAUAAAACUACGGGUAGCUUGUCAAGGUUGCUGUGUCCGAAGGUCCUUCUCGCAGAUCUUGAUAGGGAUAAUGGCGUGCGACCUGAGUGA